CACUCAUAAAAAUACCUUCUUUUCUUAUCCCCUUUCUUUCAGACUUCAGUUUCAGUUUCUUUCUUGCCAGUAAACUCUCCUAUUACUGCUGAAAACAAAAGAACCUCCUCUCAUGGCGUCUCCCAAUGAAGCUUCAGCUUUAGAUCAAAUUAGGCAACAUCUCCUCAGUACUGACUGUGCUUCCUUUGAUAGUUUCAUCUCCACUAGUAAUAAUUUCUUUCUCAAAUCUGAAAUUCAAGAUUUUGAUUACUUGCUACCAAAUCAAACUCUCAACUUGGAAUUCAAGUCCCAGCAGGUAGUUCAAAAUUCCAACAAUUCCCCCAAAUCUUCCACUUUGAGUCAGAGGAAACCCGCUAUGAGUAAAAUAUCGAUUCCUCCUCCGGCAACUAUGAACGUGAUGCCAGUACCAGUGGUGGCAGUAGCUGCUGAAAAUAACAGGUCUUCUGAUCAUUCUAGUGAAGAAAAGCAUUACAGAGGAGUUCGGCGUAGGCCAUGGGGAAAAUACGCAGCGGAGAUUCGCGAUCCUAAUAAGAAAGGAGCUCGUGUUUGGCUUGGGACUUUCGAUACCGCCAUAGAAGCUGCAAAAGCUUAUGAUAAUGCUGCUUUUAGGUUACGAGGAAGCAAAGCGAUUCUCAAUUUCCCUCUUGAAGUUGGUAAUUGUAAUUCAAAUCCCCAGCGAGAAUCUCAAUUAACAGAAAACAAUAACAAUAACAACAAGAAAAGGAAAAUUGAGGACGCAAAAAGUGAAGGAAGUAAUGACAAUAUUAAGAUGGUGAAGAGAGAAAAUCCAUCGCCGGCAGCAGCGACGGAUCCAUUAACGCCGUCGAGUUGGAAAGGAUUUUGGGAUGGGGAAGUUACUGGGAUAUUUAGUGUGCCACCGUUAUCGCCGUUAUCCCCACACCCUACCAUGGGAUAUUCACAGCUGAUGGUCGUCUGAGCAAGAAGAAGUUUGUUUGGAUAUUACAGUACUAAAUGAGGAAUGAUCAUCUGAAGGCGAAAAAGUCUGAGAUGACGUAGAGAUUUAGGAAAUUUAGGGCAGUGAGCUGUUUUUUAUAUGGUGUGUAUAAUUAGGGUAGUGAAGCAGUAGUAAGCAACAAGCAAAAUAUACAUAGUUGCUUUGCUUUUGUUGAAACAUAUAUAUAUUAUAUAUAUUAAAGAUUUCCA